CAGUUUGCUUCCGUAGCCGUAAGAGUGAAGUGCGUUUGUUUCUUUUCGGCAGCUUUCAUCUAAUUUUUAGCUCGGAAUUUUUAGCGAAUAUGCCCAGAAAACGUGAAAGGACCACUGCCAAAGUGGCUUGGACCGAAGAAGACCUACUGCAUGCCAGAACUGCGAUUGAAAGUGGGAUGUCGAAAAGACUAGCAGCAAGAACAUAUAAAAUUCCAUUUACUACAUUAAGAGAUAGGCUAAAGAAUCAAAACAUAGGCCGUCCACGACUGGGUCGUAAACCAGUUUUUAAUCAACAACAAGAAAGUGAAAUAGCUGAACAGGUUAAGCUGCUGGGAUCAAUAUACUAUGGAUUAAGCGUUACAGAUUUGCGUAAAUCCGUUUACAAGUAUGCAGAGAUUAACAGUAUCAAAAAUAAUUUUGAUAAGAACAGCAAAAUGGCUGGGUUAGAUUGGGUACAAGGUUUUAUGCGACGCAACCCUUCUGUUGCUGUACGUAAAGCUGAAGCAACAAGUUUAAAUAGGGUUUCUGCUUUUAACAAAGAAGAGAUUACUCACUUCUACCAAAUGCUUGGUGACCUAAUGGAAAAGUAUAGGUUUCCUCCUAAUAAUAUAUACAAUGCUGACAAAACAGGGAUCACAACCGUCACAGAUCCGGGAAAAGUGCUUGCAGAAAAAGGGCAACGAAGAGUAGGCGCAGUUACGAGCGGCGAAAGCGGCAGAAAUAUAUCAGUCAUGUGUGCUAUGAGUGCGGCUGGGAACUUCGUACCACCAAUGUUUAUUUUUCUCAGGCAGAGGAUGACACCGUUACUAGAAAAGGAUGGACCGCCUGGUGCAUUUUACACCCACUCCAAGAAUGGCUGGAUAAAUGAGGAAUUGUUUGUAGAGUGGCUUAAACAUUUUGCAGCAUAUGUCAAGCCUACAGAAGAUUCUCCUGUACUCGUAAUACUCGAUAACCAUAGCAGCCACAUCUCCCUUCCAGCUUUUAACUAUUGCAAAAAAAAUCACAUCGCCAUGCUUUCCAUUCCACCACACAGCUCUCACAGAACACAACCUCUCGAUGUGUCUUUUUAUGGUCCCCUGAAAGCUGCUUAUAGACACGAAUGCAACAUGCAUAUGAAGACACACUUAAUGGCUAAAAUAACUCCAUAUGACGUCGCCUGUUUAUUUAACAAGGCAUAUGCACAAGUUGCAAACAUAAGCAAAGGAGAAGCAGGAUUCCGAGCCACUGGAAUCUACCCUUUAAAUCCAAAUGUUUUUACUGAACAAGACUUCUUGCCAGCAUCUCUGAUGGCUCAAAACUCAGAACAACCCACUCAAAACGAAAAUGAAACUGGCGAUAAUCUUGGAGCUGCGCAAACUCAUCACAUGACGAUCAAUCAAGCACCUGCAUCUCCAGUUACUGGUUCAUCGCUUGAUAUGUCGAACCACCAAGAUCAUGAAUCUCCUGCUCCUGAUCCACUGAUGGAAGCGCCAAAUCAAAAUCUUGAAGCUUCUGUACAUGCUGCAUCUAAGUCCCAGUCUAUCAAAAAUAAAUCACCCAAUUCUGGUCCAUCUAACCAGGCACUUUUGGGUGAACAAAAACAAACUUAUGUUUCUUUUUCUAAGAUAGUAACAACACCACCAACUAUUGCGUCAACUUUAAAGCCAGCUCAAAGGAAGAGAAAACAACAUUCUACCAUAUUAACAUCGACUCCAAUGAAAAAUAUAUUAGAAGAGAAAGAAACGAACAAGAAAAAAAAACUCAAUAAGACCGGAAGAAAAGAUCAAACAAGAAGUAAAGUCACAGGAAAUAAUAGAAAUAAAAAUAAAAGUGGAACAUCUUGCAAACGCAAAGUUUUGCAAGACAGUUCAUCAGAUGACGAUGAACAAAUUGAAAAUGUCUGUGACGAUGACAGUGAUGAUGAAUUGAGUGUGGAAGGAAAUGAAUAUAAUAAAUGCAAUAUUUGCGAAGAAUUUGGAAGAAAUAAUGAAAUGUGGUAUCGCUGUACCAUAUGUGGGUUCUGGACUCAUGCCAUGUGCACCGGAUGGGAUUCUCCAGAUGGAUACAUCUGUGAUUUCUGUAACUAAAACUACAAUGAUGAUGUUUAGUGAUGCUCAACUAUGACUAAAUACUUUAUUUUAGUUAUUUAAGGUUGUUUUUUUUAUUUGUUCAUAAAAAAAUAUGUGUAUACGGUUAUUUUUUAAAAAAGCAGAUUUGAGCGUCAUUACCCCUAUGGCUGAGCGGUAUUACCCAUAGCCAGGGGCAUUGACGCUCAACCCUGAUUUUUUUUUGAAGUUUUCCUACUGUUUUUAGGUAAACUAUAAUUACGUUUUAUGUUAACAUAUUGACACACAAAGAGGUAAACUUUUGUCAUUUGUUCUUAUUUUUAAUAAAAACCAAAGUUUUAUAAAAAUAUUGCGUUUUUUCCUUAACUGAGCGGCAU